CUAGCAGUGCAGCAGAUUCCUCACUGCAACCAUCCAUCCAUCCCGCUACGUUACCCUCCAAUUUUUGCUGACGACGACAUCGGACAAGAAGUUGAUAGGAAAUGGACCUAUAGCUUUGCAGCAGUGCAAAGGAGAUCAGAACCGACAUUCCGUGUCAUUCUUACAGUGUCACUAUAUCUUGAACCAUAUUCAUGUCCAGCGAAACAGCUGCUCAAGUUGCGAGGGAGGCCAAGGGUAUUUACCAAGGCCUCAAAGAACUCUUCAAGACACACAACCCCUGGGAUAAGGAGGUCGAGUUCAAUCGGAAAAACCUCCGUCGUCUUUAUCUCCGUCUCCUCCUUGUCGAGCCAUAUGCAAAGGAAUCCAAGGAUGCGGAGACGCAUCUGUGGAUGCAAACAUCUUACCAAUUUAUAUCCCUGUACAAGCAAAACAUUUCCAACCUUGACCGUGUUUUGCAGCAACAAGGACGUCCUCCCCGCCGGAAUCGUGUUCCACCAGAUCAAGGCUCUGAUCAACAACAUCAGGACCAGCGUAAACAUGGGCCCGUUGAAUAUCGUAAGCUCAUGCAACGCUUUCGCCAGUUCUUGGCCGAAGAAGAGAAGUUUUGGAUACGCUUCGUCGCUCGAUACCAUCGUCAAUUCAAUAUAUCCGAGGCUCGGCCAGUCCUGAUCGAACUCGGCGAAAUCUCUGCGACAGCGAACAUAAAGAUUCCGGAACUCGGAGAUACGAGUGAGGGUGGCGCUGCCGGUCCUGCUGUUACGAACAGUGACGUCAAUGUAGAACAUGAAAACAACUCGGCCGGGAGCGGUACAGCCCGCCCACCACGCGACCACUUCGGUUUCCCGCCGGAGGAUACUGUCGCCUUGCAUCCACCCCCUAACAUUGACGAAGCUGAACGACGUGCGGCUAUACUGGCCAUUGUUACAAAGGCUCUCGUAUGUCUAGGUGAUAUUGCAAGGUACCGAGAACUCUACAAUGAGUCCGGAGGUCGACCAAAGGCAGGACACGAGGAUGGGCCUGGCGUGGGACCAGCUCGUCGCGGUCGUAAUCGUCGUGAAGGGCCAAAUUCUAGUGGACUUGGGCAGGUUACAAGAGCACGCACAUACCACCGAUCGAUUUCCCUCUACGAGCAUGCACGUGCACUCGUUCCGAGCGAUGGUAAUGCAGCGCACCAACUUGGUAUUUUAGCGUUUUAUGGUGGUGACAUCUUCCACGCGCUGUAUUGGUAUUGGAGGGCCCUUUGUGUUAGGGCACCUUAUGAAGCUGCCGUAGAGAACGUCAGGAAGGUGCUUGCGAGGGCUGCUUCAGAGGGAGCCUCGAGAUGGUCUAGCCAAGGUGCGAGGGUGGAAAGCGACGAGAAAGUAUUGGCUAGGAAGGUAGAGGAGAUGAAGGAAAACAUCGCGUUUUUAUAUGCGUUAUUGAGGGUUGGAGCUCAGAGGCUCAACGUUAGCACUGAUGUUUUAGCCUCACAUGUCGCAGGGAGUUUCAAAUCUCUGGUAUCCGAGCGAGCCCUGCCUGCAGAGAUGGUCACUCGGGUAGUCGUUCUCGUUCAAGGUGCUCUAUGGAAACAUCGGAUGAUCCGCGACGCAUCAAGGGCACCUUCUGCCCCUCAAAUUUCCAAACCCCAUGAACGCGAAGGGCGGUCACGUUCGAGGUCUCAGUCAAUGGGAAUGAAUGACGUCGACGAACAAACAUUCGGUCCCAAUCCUGACGACACUAACAGCGACACCCCAGCCGUUAUCGAAUCUCAGCUUUUUAUGCACCUCUUAUCGCUUCAUCGCGCUCUCUUUGAAGUCGGUGCAGCACAACUCGCGACGCCUCCACCUUCCGACGCAUCCGAGAAUGAAUUGGCACCAAGGAUUACGGCAGUUUUCAGAAGGAUGCUGCCUGCGCUGAGAGUGGCCAGUAAGUGGAUGGUGGGAAACGUUAGCUAUAUCAUCAAGGCACUCUCGGCAAGCUCGCGCAAUACGGACUUGAAUGAUGGUGCAAGGGGAUGUGAGACAGAAGAUGCCCAACAUGGUGGUAUCGCCCUCUUCCUCAUUCGCUUCACGGAGUUCUAUACUGCACUUGGAAAGACUUUUCCUCUUGAGAAGCUACCGAAGCUGGAAGCACCGCUCGAUGAGGACGUCGAUUUAAAAGGCUUUUUGCCGUUAAGGGGCAAGAUGAUUGGUGAUGAUAUCGGUGAUAGAAUAGGACAAGGGGCGACGUCCUUGGCUACGGAGGGUGCAGGUAAGCAAAAUGCCAACAAGGAGAGACGUAGAGCGUAUGCACCCACAAAGGUGCCCAAGGAAGUUCACCCGAACGAAGAGCAACUUAUGCGCAUAUGGGACCUGGUCACGGAUGCAAAAGCGUUGACUGAGGUUAAGGGUUUCCCUGUCCGUAUGGAGGGUUCGGUAUUUCUGCUAGAUGACGCCGGAUUUGAGACGGGAACAAAGAGCUCAUCUUUCAUCCCUCCUGCGGCAAUGAGUCCCUCGUUAAAUCUAGCCUUUUUACCCGAAUUACCGGACGAACGAAAACAUGAACGCGUGCACCGUCUUCAGCAGCCACCUGGACAACGAGGUCUGCCGGAGCACAUGGUAACAUCUGACCAUGAGCAAGAUGACGAUGUGGGGACCGAUGCCGGCCGAACAGACGAUGAUCCUGUUGGGGACGCAUUCAGAGAAGUGUUGGAUAACCGCCCUUCGUCUGAAAGUGAACGCGAUGAAGACGAGGAUGAAGACCAGAUUGUGUGGAAUCCGAGACCGAUAACCUCUCCACCAAAAACCGUGAUGCCCACUACGCCUAACUUGCCAGAAACGAUCAUAGCCGAUGCAAGGACGGUUAAAGUUAAAGAAUCACCGAAGGAGCCAAUUGCAAUGAUAACUCCAAGUCUCAACUCGGCAGCACUACCUUUCCCACCCUAUCGGGCGGUUACUUCCUCAAAACCUAAAUCUCCUCCAGCUGCGGCAGGAACUACCGCUCAGGACUUGCUAAAUAGUGUCAUGGCGCUGGGGGGGUCGAGCAAUAGGAUUGCGGGUGGGUUGAAGACAAGUGCAGACCUAGGGUUAUCUCCACGUCUUGCAUCGGGUGUUGUUCCGUCACAGCAGCCGCCUUCAUUCUUGUUUGGACCUGGCUUGCAGAGUUCGCCUAUUUCCAUUUGGUCUACUUCGUUGGACCAGGACCGUCUGUCUCUCCUUCCACACCAUAAAUCCACCGAGCCGAGUCAGGGCAUUGAAAGUGGUGUUGGCCUCGGGGAGCACAAUCGACCAUAUGCGCACUCGCAUAUAUCUGCACCUAGCCAUGCCCUACCAGUGUCAGCGCCGAGCGCAGGUUUGGCAUCCGUGUGGCCUCCUUCAUUCGCUGGUGGCUCUCCGCAUCACUCCUUAGGGACAAGGAUCGGUACGAGUUCGGCUGAACUACCCUUGACUCCCCAUAUGCAUGCUCCCAUUCACCCAAGUGAUGUGCAUCAUAUUCCGCAAUCGUUCCAGACAAUUCGCGGUCCCGGUCCGAGCCACCAUCGGACCCUGUCGUCAAGCCUCUCUGGCUCUUCACCAGUCAUACAGCAGAGCAUGGCUUACCGAAGCCCGCCAUAUGGCUUGUCUGGGUUGCCUCCAACUACUGGUGGUGUACUUUCUUCAGGUUCUUCACUGCCAAGCGGCAUAACCAGUACAAUGAUGAAUUCGUCGGCAAUGGGGGCCAGUUCGCUUUCUGGUGGCCCCGGAUUGUCCUAUCAUCCAACUGCUGGUCCUAGUUUUACCGAUCCCGCCAUCGUGUCUGUGGCUGGCCCUACUCUUGGCCCCGCGCCAGCACCACGUCCACCACCCAACAGUCAGAUUGGCAUCCCUCAGUUCGAGGUGUUUUCUAGUAGUGGCAUACCUGCACAACGGCAAUACCUUCGACAAGGACCUCAUUCCAGCCAACCAAUGUCAUUCAGCGCAUGGGAUAGCACGGUGUGAUUUUGAAAUGAUGGCGGUACAUCGUUUGCCCCCAACCUGACGUGUCAUUAUCUGGACCGAUGGUUCGCAGCUUUUAGUUUCGUUCUCAUUGUCCCUCGCUACGGUUGAUCGUCAUGCUUCCCGGCUUAAGUGUGCAAAGCUCCAUGGGCUGUCUGGGGUUUUCUGAUACACAUUUGUGUGCGCUUCAGUAGGACUGUAUGGCAGUGUUCCCUGAACACGUACGAAUCCACAUUCGUCCGCAUCCUCUUACCCUUCUUUCGAUCUUCUCCCCCCAAGCUCGGUGGCGUGUUUAACUCAUGCCAAUAGCUAAGUUCUGGUUGCUUAUGUUUUCUCCGUUCCGGACUGCCAAGUACGUU